AUGAAGAAGUUUCUCUUACUAAUGAGUCUUUAUCUGAUUGGAUGUGCCAGAGGAGCAUCAGGUCAGCCUGAUGAGCCUCCUGGCUCUAUGGAUCAUCAAGCUUCAGUUCAGCAAUUCUCAGGUGAGUACAUUUCACUUGGAAACCCUUCAGAUGGUGAGGCUUUAUAUGAGACUUCUGCAGGCGAGAGCACUUUAAGUGAGCAUUCUUCAGGUGAGCACACUUCAGCUGAACAUGCUUCCAGUGAGCACACUUCGAGUGAACACACUUCAGGAGAACACGCUACAGGUGAACACACUUCAGGUGAACGUGCUUCAGGAGAGCACACCUCUGGUGAACCUUCAGUUGAACAGUCUUCAGGUGAAAAGCCUUCAGUUGAACAGCCUUCUGGCGAACAGUCUUCAGGUGAAAAGCCUUCCAGUGAACUGGCUUCAGGUGAACAGGUUUCAACUGAAAAGCCUUCAGGUGAACAAGCUUCCAGUGAGAAGCCUUCUGGUGAACAGGCUUCAAGUGAACAACCUUCAGGUGAGCAGGCUUCAAGUGAGCAAGUUUCAGGCAUUCCACCAUCAAGCACAUUUUCAGGCCCAAUAUUAAAUUGCCACACAUGUUCAUAUAUGAAUGAUCAAGGAAAAUGUCUUCGUGGAGAGGGUGUCUGCUCCACUCAGAAUUCCCAGCAGUGCAUGUUAAAGAAGAUCUUUGAAGGUGGAAAACUCCAGUUCAUGGUUCAGGGGUGUGAGAACAUGUGCCCGUCUAUGAACCUCUUCUCCCAUGGAACCAGGAUGCAAAUUAUAUGCUGUCGGAACCAAUCUUUUUGCAACAAGCUCUAGAAGCCUGUGCCCUCGCUUCCUGCCCUGACUCAGGCAGCAAAAAUUCUCCAUCAUCGUACAGGGCUCGAUUUAUAUUUCGUUUCUUUCCCAGCCAAUAACUAAUCAUUUCUGCCUCUGCCUGAGUGU